AUGUUGGAGCACCCGUCAUCCAACAACCUUUUUCAUGUGGCGCAAACAUCUUCCAAACAGCCUGAUGCAGUAACUGGCCCUGCUGNCCCUGCUGGAGCAAGCCCCCAUCAGCUUGCUGACAGUGCGGCGGGUGGCACUUUGGGGAACUCUGCUCUUAAAAGAAACACAAAUGUACACUGUGCAAUCGUCGUGGCCAUAAAGAGACAUAAUGCCAAACCAAAAGGCACAACAGAACGCUCAGCCGCUACAGCAGAUCAAGUAGCACGAAAUUCUCAACCCAAAUUCAAUGCUUUCCUUGCCACAAUCAAACAAAAUUUCCAGUUACGUCGGAAGUACGUGACGGCCGAAACAAACGCAAAAACAUUUCGUUUGCAGCUCGAUACGGCCUCCGACAUCAAACUGGUAUAUAAACGUACUUUGAACAAAAUUGGCAGCCCAAGGUACACACCAACAAUUAACACGGCCAGAAACGCCUCAGGAGGUAAAAUCAAAUUACUUGGGAAAUUCGAGUGUGAGAUGAAAAUAGCAAACCAGCGAGGUCGUGGAUCAAUCGCUUUAGUCGAUUGUGAAUUGGACUUGCUUGAGACCGGCAGUUGUGGCACAUUUAGCACUGGCCAGCAAAGGGAGCAUCGUGUCACUUUUUGUGCGAUGUUUGUUUCUUGUAUGCCUUCGUGUGCUGAAAUGGUUUCCGGCUGUGUACCGAGCGUCGGUCACACCAAACUGAUGGUAGUUAGCGUUUACAGAAGCCCACCAUCCUCGGCCAGCGAGGAUGAGGCGCUGCUACUUACGCUACGUACGGCAGCUCGCCACGAUGGGAAACUUCUGAUCCUCGAGGAUUUCAACACCCCAGAGAUCAACUGGGGUGAAGAAAGUGCCCCAUCGGGGUCCUUUGGCCAUGCGUUACUGAACCUGCAACACGAUGAAGCCCUCGUGCAACAUGUAAGAGAGGAUGCGAGAUGGCGCGGUGGCAAGAGGAAGUUGCUUGAUCCCGAUUCGGAAUGCUAUCUAGAAAAUCUGUUGGAUGUUAUCACCUCAUUAGUUGCGGACUGCAACUAUCCUUCGGCAACAAAUUCCCGUGCAGUCCAGGCAUUUCUGAAGCGGUGA